CGUGGUCAACGAGCACACCACUGUCACCAUUGUAACAUUCUGCUUCUCACAGGCAAAAAAAUUGGCUUUUGUUGUGGUCCUAACGGUGCAUAUAUAAACAAUUUUCACCCUCUUCCUCCUCUUCCGCACAAAUUUGAUGUAUUUUUGAAGGACCCACAAAUAUCUGAGUUGAGUCACAUUCUCAACUCCAUCUUUUCCUUUGUGUCUAUGGAAACUACUGCUCAGUUUCCUGAUACAGGAGGUGAUUAUGGAUUCAUCACUAUUCAAGGCAAGGUCUAA